CCGUCGCGUCGCCAGUUUGCCGUGAGCGCUCGUUACGUGAGGAUCUUUCUAUUAAAAAUCCUUCUCGAAAUUCUCCGAAUAAGUAAAGUUUACUAUUUUUUUUUUAUUUUUUCCAAAAGAAUCACAGAAAAACAAACAUAACCUAUUGGAUUAUUCUUUUUUUUUCGUCCACUCGAGACGAGAAAAAUUAGUGAAGUGAUUAUUCGUCAAAAAAAAAAAAAACAAAAAUUGUGAAAAAAGGGAUAAAAAGUGUUUUUUUUUUCAAAAAAAAAGUGUAAAAAUUUUUUUUUUCUACUACAGUAAAGAAAAGAGAUUUUCUGAACUGAAAAAAAGAUAUUAUAAUAUAUAUAUACAUAGCAACGGUAGUGCAAGGAGGCCAUGUGUUAAGACAAAACGGUGUGGUGGCACUUGUUUUGUUUCCGAGCUUUUUGUUUUGCUCUUUCUCUCUCGCGAGCGACCAACCGGGAGGAGCGCGUGAUUGGUUUGUGUGCGGUGCGUCAGAGAGGCUCUCUCAGCGGACGAGAAGCGGAGCGAGGAUUUUCCGCUCAACGCGAGGACAGGAGGCCUGAAUAUGUCCGCGAAGCGAAAGGCCACUGCCAUCAUGCAGCACCACAAGGAAAAUAUUUCAACGCCUGAACCCGCUGAUAUAUCAGAGGAUGAUCACUAUUCAAGCGCGCUCAUGAAAGACGCGGAUAAGCUGAAGUUGAUGCUGCUCGCGUGGAAUUAUAAUCUUCAUCAGCAGCAGGCUCAGGCACAGGCUCAGGCUGCCACCGCGGCCCUCUCGCCAAAUAACUCCUCAACAACCACAGCCACCACCGUUGGUACACCUGUCACCAGUCAAUCGGCCAUUUCCACGGCAAACAACACCAUUAACAACUCCACACUUACAGAUUCGCGUAAUGGCUCAUCGGAAAUCAAUGAUUUGUCGGUGGGUGCCGUGCCAAAUUUAGGCAAUGUUGCAGGAGUUGGUGGCGAGGAUAUGGCGUCAUUGUGGGCCUCAUAUACAAUGGGCCUUAAGAAAACACCACCGCCAGCAUCAUCGAGCACACCGUCGCGAUCCGAUAGAGAUAGAGAAUCAAGUCCCGCUGGUGGUGAGGGUACAGGUAGUGCACACGAUGAGACGAGCAGCAGUGGAAAUAAAGAAGAUGAGGACGACGACGAUGAGGACGCUGAUGAGAGGCUCGAUCCACGACAUCACGAUCCAGAACGUCUUAAAGCAUUCAAUAUGUUCGUGAGGCUCUUUGUUGAUGAGAAUCUUGAUCGUAUUGUUCCAAUUUCAAAACAACCAAAGGAAAAAAUUCAAGCGAUCAUUGACAGUUGCACGAGACAAUUUCCAGAAUUUGCUGAACGUGCACGAAAACGAAUUAGAACAUAUUUGAAAAGUUGUCGAAGAAAUAAACGUGGACGAGAAGGAGCUGCAUGGGAUGCUGCGAGACCAACGCCAGCGCAUUUGACCUCGGUGCAAGCUGAACAAAUUUUGGCAACAGCCUGUGAAAAUGAGAGUGACAAUGCAAAACGUAUGAGGGUCGGUCUGGAACCAGUUUCCCAGCCAAUGCCAACGCUUCCCGCAGCAACGCAAACGGAUGUUCGAGCUAGCUUGGAACAUUUUUCAAGCACGCCGGUAAAAUCACUUCCGGGAAAACGCGAGGACACCCCACCAGCCUCACUGACAUCGUUGGCGCCACUAACCAGUUUGGCCAAUCUACAAAAUAGCAAUCUCACCUCAACGCCCCUGUCACUUGCACCUGCAUCCAAAUUACUUACAGCCACUGAUAAUAAAAGUCUCAUGAGUCAAACAACGAUAGUCAGUUCGUCAGCAGUAAAUGGAGUUGCAAGUGCAGCAGCACCAACUGCAAUGUACAGACCUAACUUUAGUCAAGCUUUCCAGCGCGCUGGACCAACAACAGUGCCACCAACAUUAUCGGCUGGACUUUAUCCAACACAGAGCUUCACAUCGGGCCUGCUGAGCAACGGUACACAAAGACCAACUGAUUUGAGUAUGAAGAACACAAAACCAUUAUUGAGCCAUAAAUUAAAUGCAACAGAAAUGACAGCAGUACGACAAUUAAUAACCGGCUAUCGAGAGUCAGCGGCCUUUCUUCUACGAUCAGCUGAUGAACUCGAACAACUUCUAUUGCAACAACCUUAAAAAGAAUAUAUAUGUUUUUUUUUUAUUUUCUGUUUUUCUCUGUACUUUUUUUUUAAUUCACUUUUUAAUUUCAAAUCGAGCGCCGAAAGCAGCGCCACUUGAAAUGAACCAAUAUGUUACACACCGAGCAAAAUCAUUUUUGCGACCGACUGUCGGCAAUGCAGAUUUUACUGUCAACUUUUUAUUAUCUAUAAAAAUAUAUCUAAUAUUAUUAAUAAUAAUAAUAAUAAUAAUAAUUAUAAUAAUAAUAAUUAUAAUAAUAGAGAUUAUCGACGCUUGAUAACGUUUGUCACGCUAUAAAAAAAAAAUUCCUAUAUAUAUUCAAAGUACGUGUUUCUGUUUUUUCUCGCGCGAAAAAGAAAAUCGUUUUUGAAAAAAAGGAAAAAUAAAAAAACGAGCUUCACGUUCCGCCCCCUUUUUCUUCUUCGUGAGCGAUUCUUAUUGAGCUUGAAAUCUUGAUUAUUUAUCAAGUGUUUCAAAUAAAAAGAAAAAAAAAAUAUUGACAGGGUGUAAAUAUAGAAAAAAAAAAAUGGAAAGACGAUAUUUACUUAAUUAAUAAUUAAGCUCGGAAUUAUUGCUAUAUAUAUAUGUAUAUGAAGUAAGCUCGGUGCGUGAAUAUAUAUAUAGAUAUAUUUUUUUUGCUGUUCAAAUUUGACGAAAGAAAAAAAAUGCAAAAAAUAUCCGAAAAAAUUGCAAUAUGUAAUUUUUUUUCUCAUUUUUUACAAUUGGAUAUUUUGUUUUAACUUUGCUAUUAUUAAUUUUUUUUUUUUUUUAUUGUAAACCAAAACGAAGGAAAUUUUUCCUUUCGUUCCUCGAUUGAAAAACGGGCACGUGCCACACAAUUAAUAAUUAAUAUUAAAUAAAUAUAAUUAUUCGUUACACUUGUAAAUAUAUAUGGUAUAAGAGAGGAAAAAAAAGAAUAAAUAAAAAAAAAAUUGGAUUUUUAUUUGUUAAACUCGAUAACAAAAAUCGUAAUUAUCGUAAAAAGCUUUGUUUUUUUUUUAAUUUUUGUGCGCACUUGUAAAAAAAAUAAUUUUUUUUCAAUAAAGAAUUUUUGGCCCGAUUUUCAUAAAAACAAAUUUGUAAAAGAGAUAUUAAACUCUUUAAAUUUUUGGGGACCAUUUUAUAAAUUUCAAAGCGAAAUUGUUUUUUUUGAAAUUUUAUUUUGUUUCUUUUUUUUUGUAGCAAUUUUUUUUUUUUUCAUAAUGUAUGUGUGUGUAUGUAUGUGCUUCACCGCGCUACCAAAGAACAGAAUAAAUAAAUAAUUAACAAUAUAUUAAAAGUUUACUAAACAAAAAAACAAAACACAAAUAAUUAAUUAAAUAAUUAAAUUUUGAAUAAAUUAAUAUUAUAUAUAUAUAUAUAGUCAUAGCCUCAAAAAAGUAUAUAUAUAUAUAUAUGUAUAAUAUUCUCGACUUAAUGCUUCGAGUUACUUUUACUGCCCCUUGCCCUUAAAAAAAAAAAAAAAAAAAAACUCUUCGGCACAAAGUACAAGAAUUUCAAAAUAAAGUCUUUGGAAGCAAAAACGAAAAGAAAGAAAGAAAGAAAAUAAAAAAAGCAAAAAAAAAAAAUAAUAUAGGCUAAUUUGAAUAUAUUUAUAAGGAUUACAAACAAUUUUUGUUAUAAAGAUUAUUGUUGAUUUUCAGAGUUACGUUUUUAAAUUACGUUUUUCAUUUUGUAGAUUAAUUUUUGCGGUUUUUUUUUAAAUAUUUUUUUUUUUUUUUUUUAAUAUAUUCAGGCAAGGAAAUUCGAGUAAAAGAAAAAAGGAAAAAUGAGAGAAAAAUUGAUAUUGGAUAAUUUUUUUUUCACAGAGGACCAUUUUUUUUGGAAAUUGGGGUAAUGUGACACAUAAACGGGGUAAAGUGGUACCAAGACGGGGUAAUAAUAAUUGUUAUACUGUUUUUGUAUUCGGGGUAAUGUGACACUAAGAACGAAGAAAAAUGUAAACGGGGUAAAAUGGUACCAAGGCGGGGUAAUGUGACACAUAACGGGGUAAAAUGUCAUCCAGUCAGGGUAAUAAUUUUUAUUCCGUUUGGAGUAAUUGGUAUAAUAUAACCAACAGGAAAAAACGAGGUGAAAUGUGGAAUAAUGUAAAACCAUUUUUUUUUGUAAUUGGGGUAAUGUGGCACAUUUAAAAAAAAACGGUGUAAAAUGUUACCAAUGUCGAAUUAAUAGUAAUUGUUUUAUGUAUACCAUUAUUUUUUUUUGGUCCUUUUGCAAAAUGAAAAUUAAUCCAAUGUUCAAAAAAUAUAUAAACGGAUGUAAAAAUAAAAUAUAUGUUAUUAGCGAAUCAAGAGAAUUCGUUGGUACUUGGUCUGUUGUUUUUUUGUAAAUAGUUUAUACGUCGAUUUAAAUAAUAUAAAUAGGAAUUAUAUUAAAUAUAAAUAUAUUAUAUAUUUAAGGCUAUUUGAAUUGCGAACAAGAAUUAAUAAAUAUUGUAUAUGAAAGUCCAUAUUAUCAGAGUUGGGCAGUCGAAAUAAAAAAUAAAUAAAUGUUCCACAAUGUAAAAAAAUUUUUAUGUAAUUUUCCUGUAAUAUUUUCUUUAAUUAUUACAGUUGUUUUUUAAAAUUCAUUUUUGUCGCGAGAAAAAAAUACGUUUUUUGUUUUUUUAUUUAUUAAAAUUGAAUCAGUAGAUUUUAAUUUUAUUUUUUGAUUUAAAUUUUUUUUGACUUAUAUUUGUUUAUUUCUUUAUUUUCAAAAAUAUUCUUUUUUAAAACACUUAAAAUGUUUUUUCUAUUUUUUAAGGUUGUUAAAAUUGUUAAAUGUCUUUUUAUAAUUUUAAUUUUUUUCAUUUCAGAAUUUUGAUAUUAAUGUUAAAAUAUCUUUCAUCUCAUUUUCUGAUUUCUUUGAAAAAAUCAGAAUUUCAAAAAAAAAAAAAAUUGUAAUAAAUUUCAAAUAAAAAAAAUUUAUUAAUUACCAAUUUUUUUUUUUAUUUUUUUCUUUCUUUUUUAAAGGAAAAUUCAAUGCUCGACUCUGAUUAUAUUUGCUGUUGUGCGCUGAGAAAAAUUCACUGAAAAAGAAAAUAAUUUUUUUUUCUAAACACACAUUCCCCGGCAAAUUAACAACAGUCAAAUUACAGAAAAAUGAACCUUUGCGCCUUUCGUUUCGCGUGAAUUUUUUGUUAUCAAUUUUUUUCUUUUUUUUUUAUAGAGAAAAAAAAUAUAGAAAUUAAGAUUUAAAAAAAGCAUUAAGAAAAUAAUAAAUAAACAUUGAAACCUCAACGAAUUUCAACGAAAGUUCAUUGUUCUGAAUUUGAUUUUUAAAAAAAUUUACCUCACGAUAAAAAAAAAACUUGUCUUUUGACUUUUCGAUCUCAGACAAUUUAUAUUUUCUCGUAAUUUUCGUCUUCUUCUUCUUCUUCUUCUUCUGUAAACUAGAAAAAAAAAUCGUUAGCAUUUUUAUCAUUUAUAUUUUUUCUCAAAAUAGAAGUUAGAAGAGGAAAAAAAAAUUUAUACUUUUCGGUCAGAAAAUAAACGAAGACAAAAAAAAAAGGUAUCGAUAAUAAUACCUCUGUGAUAAAAAGAAAAAUUUAAACCGAAAAGUAAGCAAAUAAAAAAAAAAUAUUGAAGAGAAAUAAGAAAAGUCGAAACGAAAAGGGCAAGAACUUUUUGUAAGAAAUUUAAAAAAAGAAAAUUUUUUUCUUGUACAGAAUGAACUUUAUUCAAAACUGUGGCUUUACUUCUUUUUUUUUUUCUUAAAUAACUCUCGAGUAAAAUUAUUAUAUAUAAUAUAUAUACGUUUUGAACGGAAAUUGUUCUGUACAAAAAUUUUUAUGAAAAAUCGUAUAAUCGCGAAUUGAUGUAUAUUGAUUAAAAGUAAAAAAAAAAAAAAAUAAAUAAAUAAGAAGAGAUAUGUAUUUGUUCCUGAAGAAAAUAUAGUAAAUAUUAAACACAUAGUAGUGAUAACAAUAAUAUUAAUGAUAAUAUUAUAUAAAUAUAUAUUAAAAAAAAAAAUAAAUAAAUAAAUAAUUUGAUGGUACAUACUUUCGUAUAUUAUAAGUAAUGAUUAUAUAAAUAUUAUCGCAAUUAUAUUGUAGGGAUAUUGGUACGGUCUUGAAAGAUGCCUUGCCUGUAAAUGUAAUACACACACCUACAUAAUGUUCACUCGAUGAACAAAUCUUAUUACCUUGUAAAUGUUUUACUGAAUAUAAUCGAUUAUUCGACAA